AAGAUUCAGGAGCGAGGGCCAGCAGACCUUAGAAAGACAACCCUCACAAUCUGUAUCCACUCCUGGCUUCACUGACUGUAACAAACCACCCAGAAACUGAAUACCUCAAUAAAUAAAAAGGGAUCUCUUAAGAGGUGACAUGAACCUUGAAGAGUAUUUUGCAAGAACUGGCUAUAAAGGCUCCCUUGAAAAGCAAGAUUUGGAAACCUUAACUGAUAUAUUCCAGCACCACAUCCGCGCUGUUCCCUUCGAAAACCUCAGCAUCCACUGCGGCGAGAAAAUUACUUUGGAACUGGAGCAUGUUUACAACAAAAUCGUGCAGAGGAAGCGGGGGGGCUGGUGCAUGGAGAACAACCAGCUGCUGGGCUGGGUCCUGAAGCGCCUGGGGUACGACACCAGCUUCCUGGGAGCAUACGUGUUCAACCCCCACCAAAACACAUAUGCCACCAUCAUGACCCAUCUCCUGGUAAAGGUAGUCAUUGAUGGCAAAGCUUACAUCGUUGACGGAGGCUUUGGUGUAUCCUAUCAGAUGUGGCAGCCUAUGGAGCUUGUGUCAGGGAAAGACCAGCCCCAGGCUCCCGGCGUCUUCCGCUUCACGGAAAAAAACGCCGUCUGGUACCUUGAGAAAAUGAGACGGAAACAGUGUAUCCCCAACCAGAACUUCUCUAAUUCUGACCUGCUGGAGAAAAAAGAGUGUCGGAAGGUUUAUAUGUUCAGCCUUGAGCCACGGACAGUGGAAGAUUUCCGUUUCCAGUGCACGUACCUUCAGACCUCUCCAGAUUCCCUCUUUACAAAGAAGUCCAUCUGCACCCUCCAGACCACCGACGGCUUCCGAGCGCUAAUUGGGUGGACGUUCACUGAGACCACGUACAACUACAAGGAAAACGUAGAUCUGGUGGAAUUUGUAACUCUUGAAGAUGAAGAGGUGGAAAAAACCCUCAAAGAGAAAUUCAACAUUACCCUAGAUAGAAAACUUGUCCCAAUUAAUGUUAAAGGAUCUUACACAAUCUAGAUGAUCAGAAAAACCUACAACAAUGCUACGUAGGUACAGUACCUUCCAUUGUCUGUGCAAUCCCUUCUGCAAGGUUAUGGGAUUCAUUUACAGGUGACUGAAAGACAAAUACAUUAAUAUGGGAUUAAAGUGAAUUUCACUUGGGGAGAAAUUAGGAAUUUAAGACUCUUGAGUCAGAUGAAAUUAUUUGCUGUGAGAUGACUGCCGUUCAAUUUUUGGCACAAACGUAGGAUCUGAUUUGAAUCUGGUUAUAAGCUUGGGCAAGAAAUAUGUCUAGGGUAUAUUGGACUGCCUGUAGCACACAAAUAGGAGUAUGGAUUAUUGAUUGUGAUGUGCUGCCAACACAUUUUCUGUGGUUAUUAUAGGGAGACAAGUCAUCUCUGAGCAUUUAGACAGUGAAGUACACAUUUAAAACUUCAUUUUUCAUAAGAUCCGACCACUCACCACUCAUGUCAUUUCUCUACCUUUGUCAUCUUUGAAAAGAGGAUUAGGAGGCAUAAUUCUUUCGCCAUCAUCCUUAGACAAAAUAUAGUACAAAAUGAAAAUUAUCAUCAUGUGCAUCCUUUUGGCCAUUACUGCAGUAAACUAAACUACCAAAAAGUAAUUUUUGGUAUGUACAGAUUUUUCUAGUGAUGAAAAUUCUAUAUAUUGCAGUGUUAUUGUGGCUGAUGGGCUCUAAGGAGAUAACUACAAGCUUUGCUUCUAAUAAGUAAUCAUCCUGUAAACGGUGAUUAAAUGUCACAGCUGGCUUAGAUUUACUUUUGUCCCAAAAGGGGUGGAAAUGUUGUAUUUUUAGCAUUGCAUUUUAUUUGUAUAACAAAGGUAGAACAAUGAAGCUAAGCCCACUAUAUCCUUAAUUCUCUCCUCUCUGUGUAUAGCAAACAUAAGAGUCCAUGUAGCUGUCCUGCAUGGGAACUGCUUAGCACAGGAGCUUAAAUGUCACAAGGGAGUUUGCUCAUCUGUAUCAAAGUGAAAACAAAACCAGGAGCCAGCCAAAUCUAAAAGAAACUCUUUCUUUUGAAUAAUUUCACAAUCACGUUUCCCCAUUUUUAAAAAAAUAUUGUUCCUCCUACCAUGCUUCUCUGCAAAAAGCCCAACCAAGGGAACCACUAAGAAAGGGGAAACAUUCUUAAAUACAUACAAAAGUAGCAGAAGCAGUGAAAACCACUCUUUCUCCCCAGUCUGUGAUAAGCCUGAGUAUUGGUCAAAUGUUGAUUCCUCCCACUGAUAGUGUAUUUUUGCUCAAGGGCAUCACCUGAUCGUUAAUCUCACAAAUGCUGUUAAGUGUAUACCAGAAAAUAAAUAAAAGGAAAAUAAAAUAAUUAA